UUGAGAUAUUCACUUUUAUUUGGAGUUUGUCAGAGAAGGAACUCCUCCGGACGAGAUGGGACGAAUUUAUUAGUUUUUAUUUGCACUUUUUGUGCUGUUACAUUCUAGAGAGAUAAGCUGUUUGAUGUAGUUUACCGGACGCGUCGCGAGCCGCUGACAUUGAGCAUCAGCUGUUCGGAAGGUGUCUCGAGCAGCUGUUUGAUCUUCUCUCAUGUGACUGACCGCCCCGAUCUGCAGUAAUCAAUCACCUCGGUGCCGGUGCAGAUGCCGCGUUUGGGAGCAAACAGCAGAGGAGCGAGAAGGCUGAAGUUGGACUGGAAGUUUGUUGAGCGGUUCUGCAGCAUCCAGAGGAUUCUGUUUCCGUCAUGGAGCAGUCAGAGCGUCCUGAUGUUCGGGACGCUGCUGGGUGUCACUCUCACAGAGCAGCUGAUCAUUUACCAGGUGGGCGUCCUCCCCAGUCACUUCUACAACGUGCUGGCAGACAAAGAUUACUCCGGCUUCACCAGCCUGCUGGGCACCGCCGUGACGCUCAUCUUACUCAACUCCACUCUGAAGAGUCUGGACCAGUACAUCUGCAAUCAGAUGUACGUCCUGUGGAGGAAGACGCUGACCGAGAGCCUGCACUCGUCCUACUUCCAGGGCAGAGUCUAUUACACCCUCAACGUCCUCCGGGAGGAUUUAGAUAACCCAGACCAGCGGAUCAGUCAGGAUGCAGAGAGGCUGUGUAAGCAGAUGAGCACCAUGGCGAGCCGCCUCAUCGUGUCGCCCUUCACACUGACCUACUACACCUUCCACUGCUUCCAGAGCACCGGCUGGAUCGGGCCUGUGAGCAUCUUCGGGUACUUUGUCGUCGGGACCGUCUCCAAUAAGAUCCUCAUGGGGCCGAUCGUUUCCACUCUGUUCGAGCAAGAAAAACUGGAAGGAGACUUCAGAUUCAAGCACAUGCAGAUCCGUGUCAACGCCGAGUCGGCAGCUUUCUACAGAGCCGGGAAAGUCGAGCACGUGCGGACGGACCGAAAACUCCAGGAGCUGCUGCAGACGCAGAAAAGUCUCAUCAACAAAGAGCUGUGGCUUUACAUUGGCGUGAACACGUUCGACUACCUCGGAGGCUUCCUCAGCUACAUUAUCAUCGCCAUUCCCAUUUUCACUGGCGUUUAUAAUAAUCUCACUCCUGGAGAACUCAGUGCGCUCAUCAGCAAGAACGCCUUCGUGUGCAUCUACUUGAUAAAUGGCUUCACGCAGCUAAUAGACCUGUCCACCACUCUGUCGGAUGUGGCCGGAUACACCCACAGGAUCGGGGAGCUGAGGGAGGUGAUGGAUGACAUCCUACGUAAGCAGUGCGACUACGACCCCGCGUCGGGGGAGAGCUAUGACUUUGAUAGCGACUUCAACGUGCACGGCGGCCCCGUGGACACGGCCUUCAUCCUGGACCACCUGUCCUACAAGUCGCCGUACUCGGAGCAGCUGCUGGUGGAGGACCUGAGUCUGAAGAUCAGGGAGGGCACCCACCUGCUGGUGGUGGGCAACACCGGCACGGGCAAGACGUCACUGCUCAGGGUCCUCAACCGGCUGUGGGAGGCCGAGAGCGGUUUUGUCCAGAUGACCACAUGCUUCGGGCCCAGAGGAACUCUCUUCCUGCCACAGAAGCCCUACAUGACUGACGGCACGCUGCGCGAACAGGUGAUCUACCCACUGAAGGAUAUUUACCCUGAAUCAGGGUCGGUGGACGAUGACAGAAUUACUCGGUUCCUGGAGCUGGCUGGACUGACUAACCUCCUGAAGCGGACGGGCGGCCUGGACGAGAAAGUGGACUGGAACUGGUACGAGUGGGGGGGGGGAAAGAGGGAACCGGUGUUAAAGACGUCACGAACGGUUAUAAUCUCGUUUCCUCUGCAGGUACGACGUCCUCUCCCCAGGCGAGAUGCAGCGGCUCUCCUUCGCCCGACUCUUCUACCUGCAGCCCAAAUACGCAAUCCUGGACGAAGCCACCAGUGCCCUGACCGAGGAGGCGGAGUCACAGCUGUACCGGACGUGCAAACAGCUGGGCAUGACGCUGGUCAGCCUGGGACACCGCAGCAGCCUGGAGAAGCACCACGACGUGCAGCUGAAGCUGUGCGGAGGCGGCCGGUGGGAGUUAACCAGGUUAAGAGGCGGCGGCGGCGUGAGCCCCGAUGAAGAAAUCAUGUGACACUUUCAUCUCAGAAGUCUCAGUUUGGGAACGCAAACCUGCUCCUGAACCAACUCCUUCAUCUCGUGUGCGUUUCUCAUCUGGAGACGGUCGAACUCGACCUGAAUCCUAAACGUUGAGGACUGAAGAGCGGGAGGCGGAGCUGGCGAGACGUUACAGUUCCUCCUCGUUUACAGCGUGAAAUUAUCAGGAUGGAGUCGGAUUAAAAAUCUAUUCUGGUUAAAAUAUCUACAAUUAAAAACACAUUUGGUCAAUAAAAUCUUUUUUUUUUUUUUUUUUUGCAGAGGCACAAGGCUGGAAGUUUAGGAUUAGUCUGAAUGUGCGAAGUUGAUGAUUCGUAAUUCAUCUUUAGAAAUGAUCGAUUUCUACGUCUCACUGUGGCUUUUUACCGACGACCUUGCGGUGACCUUCGAUGAUCUCCUGCACGGCGGCGGGGUCGUCCAGCGUGCUCAGGUCGCCCAGGCCGUCCAGGUCCCGCUCCACCACCUUGCGCAGCACCCGCCUCAUGAUCUUCCCCGAGCGCGUCUUGGGCAGACGCUUGGCGAACUGCGGCGCAGAGCAGAGACGUUUUACAUCAAACCGGCGCGUCGUCGACCCUUCCCGCUGCGGCGGCGGCGGCAUCCCACGGUCACCUGGAUGAAGUCCGGACAGGCGUAUUUAGCGAUCUUCUUGGACACCGUGUCGUUGAGCUGCCGCGUCAGAUCCUCCUCCUCCUUAUCCGCCGUCGCUUUGAGCACCACGAACGCGUACACACCUUAAAAACAAACAAAAAAAAAACAAAAAAAUGAAAAGGUUGAACAGCGCUCAGGGGGGCGGUUCACGGCGAG